AUGUUCACUUCUGAAGAAUGGACACAAAAUAAGUUGUCUAAGGAAGCUAAGGGGAAACAGGCAACAAAAAUUGAACUCAUGCCUUCGUUUUGGAAUAAUAUUGUGUACACUCUCAAGGUCAUGACUCCUCCUGUACGAGUCCUUCAACUUGUUGAUGGUGAAAAGAAACCGGCAAUGGGGUACAUUUAUGAAGCAAUGAAGAAGGCAAAAGAAGCAAUAGCAAAGUGGGACUGCCAACUCCAUAGGCCUUUGCAUGCAGCUGGUCACUUCUUGAAUCCAGACAUAUUAUAUGACAACAAGCAGUUGGAAUUUGAUAUGGAGGUCACUAGAGGAUUGUAUGAUACCAUUGAAAGGUUGGUGCCAAGCAAAGAUGUUCAAGAUAAGAUUCUUGUAGAGAUGGCAAGCUACAAGUCUUGUGGUGGUCUAUUUGGUAGUGACUUUGCUGAACGACGACGCAAGAAAAUUCCUCCCGCUCAAUGGUGGAGGAUGUAUGGCCACUCGGCUCCAAAUUUGCAACAACUUGCUAUUAAAAUCUUAGGCCUAACUUGUAGUGCAUCCGGAUGUGAGCGCAAUUGGAGUGUAUUUGAGCAGAUCCAUUCAAAAAAGAGAAAUAGGCUUGAGCAUAAGAAGUUGCAUGAUUUGGUUUAUGUCAAGUAUAAUCAAAAGUUGGUUGAGAGGUAUAAUCAUAUACAUGAAAUUGAUCUAAUUUCACUCAAUGAUAUUGAUGAGUGCAAUGAGUGGUUAGUUGGAGAGGUGGAUGAUGAAAAUGAUGCAAGGAAUGAUUUGGUUUUUGAGAGUGAUUCACUUAAUUGGGACACUGUUUAUGAGGCUUCGGGGGCUGGGGAGUUGGCUACUUAUACUAGACGUGCCAUCGCAGGGAAAAGAAAGCAAUCAAAAGGGAAAGAGUUAGAGAGGGUGCUUGAGGAUGAAGAACUUGAUGAUGAGGAUGAGGUUGAUGAGAAUGACAUUGAUGAGGAAUCCGAAGGAGAAGAGGAAGAAGGGUUUGCUCCUUUGGAUGAUGAUGAAGAAGAUGACUACGUGGAUGUUGAUGAGGAGGACUAG